ACUAGAAGGGAUCAUGGAUGUGUAAUUACAAGCUAGGACUAGGAGUCCUUCAGUGCAUUUGGAUUAUAUAACAAAUACUAUGAAAGCCUUUUCUGUCAAUGGCUGUCCCUAUCCGCUUGAAGAGCAUGCCCGAACACAUCAGGGCACAAUAUGGCUUCCCUUACCCUCAAGUGGAGACCAGGUCCCAAAGACAGCAAUGUAUGGAUGGUAGUCAAGAAUUAUGUGAAGACUUACAGAUGUUACAAUUUCCGAAGACAAAGGUGAUUCUGUGGGAUCACACAGUCACUGGGCCCCCGUUGUACCUUCACUUUGCCCAGUACAGGAAACCUCGGAUAUGUCUAUCAGAAAAAGUGUUGCGAAUUGCUCACCGUCAGUGUAUGAGCUGUGGUCAGGCUCGUGACUGUGUCCUGAUUGGAAGCCUCAUUGUUGACGAUGAUGGAGAUGGUAUGAUGUUCAGCAUCGACCGAUUAGAUAAUAGACCUAGCAGUGCUUCCACCUUGAAGAACCUGGCACCUGGUGAUGUGAUGAUCCCAGUACUGAUGAGUGUCAAUGGCAGUUCUAGAAGUGGCAGUUCAGUGGAAGACUACACUAAUGCACUCAAGUUAUUAAAACAUCGCUGUGAGAGCAGGGAGGCUGUGGAUGUAUGUAACUUUCUACUCACCAAAGGCUGGUGUAAUUUCCACAGUCGUGGGGACCAGUCCAUUGCUCACCUUGACUUCGAUGUUGUCACAUUAAACACAGUCAUCAAGGCAUCUCCUAUACAACCAGUUCCAAUUAUACCUACAGCACUUUCUAAAAACCUUGCCGGUCCGAGGAGUAUCAGCCAUGUGCAGGGGACUCCCAAGAGUGGCUACCUAACAAUGGACCACACACGGAAACUGUUGCUGGUCCUCGAAUCGGAUCCCAAAGUGCUUAAUCUUCCUGUUGUUGGCAUCUGGGUGUCAGGAGUAGCAAUGGUUCACCACCCGUUCGUGUGGGCUAGCUGUAUUCGCUACCUCCAUAACAAGGCCCUCCAAGACAGGGUGUGUAGUCCACCGGAAGGGUUCUUGGUGGUACUGUACAGCCCCCUCCAUUCUCGCCCAGAAUUCUAUGAGUGCAACACCAACACUGGAAACAACAAGCUCAACUUUGACCUGUAUGGUGGAUAUGAAGCAACAAACCUCAACACAGGUGCUGUGAGUCUACAGAAUGGACUUUUAGAGUGUGAACUGACCAGUGUCCAGCAGGGGAAGAAGCGGGAGGUUUUUGAUGCUGCCCUCACCCACACUAAACAGUCAAUGAGUGAGGUGUGUCCCCAGACCCAGGAACAAGAGCGUGGUGCAGGUUCAGAGGAUAUUGUACCCAGAUCAAUGCCAGCUCCACAUCAAGCCAGGAUGUUUUCAGCUCAACCAAUGGUACCAGAGGUUUCGCUGUAUUUUCCUGAUUCUCCUCAACAAAGUAUGCCAUCCACUGUUAGAUUACAAGUUGGUAAAUCUCAAGGUCAGGCCCAGAAGAAGCACUCACAAGUGCCACAGGAUUUGGUACGGCAUAUGACAUUCAGUCCUCCUGUGACACCAAGACUAAAUAGUGAUGAGGCUGAUCUCUCCACUCCCAGGAGCCAUCCAGACAUGUCACACAGUGGGAUGCCUCCACCACACAAACAUGUUGCAUUUACCAGGCAUGUCGAAAUGUCACAGCCCAGCUCAAUUCCACCUUCUCAGGGUCCUGGAACAGUGAAUGGCGGUGACAGUGUUAAUAUGGAUGAUGUAAUGCAUGGACAAUACAAUCAGGGUCCCCAAAUACAAAAUGAACAUAAGCAGCAGAAUUCUGUGCCAAGUAGAUGUGAAAAUUAUCAAGGUGACCAGAAUAGGCAUUUUAGCAAACAGGGUUUCGUUGAUCCAAGAAUGAUUCAGCAUGUUCAGAAUGCAAUUAACCAAAAUGUACAGGAUGUGAACAUUAACCAGAACUGUUACCCAUACAAUCAACCGAGACAAUUGAAUGGAAAUGCUCACCAGCAUUCUGUUAUAACUCCUCACAAGUCAAAUAGUGCUCUUACCCUCCCACAUGUACAGUUGCCCUCUCACAAGCCACAACUACCUACUGCCCAGCAAUCUAGCAUUCCAUCUUUUGGGCCUCACUUACCACAUCAGAGUGGGCCUGUACCCCAGGGGCAACGGCCCCAGCCAACUCAGCUUCCGUCUGCUUCACUCUCAGCACCUACCUCGGCUUCCAGUGUACCCACUCAGUACACACAACUCAAUAGUGCUUUUACUCCUAACCCUCACCAGGGAGGGCAUAUAGCUCACCACCAACCACAAGUGACAGGGUAUCCUUCUCAGCAAAAUCUGCUUGGCUAUAUACCUCAGCUCCAGACUUCCUAUUCAUCUAGUCGAGUUCACACAGAAAGCACUUGUAGUGGUAAAUCUAGUGAUGACAGUGGUCUGAGUGUCACACCAGACAGAUCCAACCCAUCUCCUAAAACAGGCAGUCCCAACACUCCAGACAAGACCAACUCUAAUCUCCCUUCUGGGCUAGACACUAUAAACUGGGAACAGGUGCCCCCUGAGAUCUAUCAGUUGAUCUUGGCCCAGAAUGCUCAACUUCAGCAACUACAAACUCAGAUGCAACAGCUCCUUAAACAACAGUCCCCCGCACAGACUACUCCAACACCACGUACAGUUCAAACAGAAUCUGGGAUUGGAGUGUCACCAAGUACAAGAGAAACGUGUGAAACAGCUGUCAACACAACGCUGUUCUUCCCAAGCCCUGGAGAAACUACUAUUCGUCCUGAUGUCCAAUCAGUGUCUCUCCAGACCAGCCCUGUAAAGGCCAAAUCACCACAGUCUUCAUCAAUGGUCCACCAUCAACAAGAACCUGAAUCCCAGCCCAGCAGCUCAACGCAAACACCUGUGGAGAUUCGGCACAAGGGAGCGCUACCCCUCAACAGCACACAGAGAGAUGACAACGACCAGCAUGACAUCACACAGGGGGACUUGACAGCUGUGGUGGACAACAUCAAUCUACACAAUCAGACAGUUGAUAGUGUCCAGUCAGAGCUCAUACUGGACAUGCCAAGCUACCAGUCGUCACCUACCAGUCGUUCACCAAAGGAUUCCGGGUCUCUUGAUGGCAGCUAUCAGACGAGCCCCAUCAGUGCCAGCAUGUGUGGCAAUAGCAAGGAAUCGUCUUCCCGGGGGGAGGAAGGAGAAAGUGAAGUUUUGGAUGAAGCUUACUAUGAACACUUGCUGGGUAAUAUUAGACAGCUGUUGGGUAAGCACAGUGAUGUGACUGAGUUCACCAAUGAGACAACAGAUCUGCAGAUGAAGCUGCCAGAAUCGACUCAAGGGGACACAACCCUGCCUGGCCUCCCUGUCACACCCAGUAUCAAAGCCUCUGGGUCUGCCGGACCUGCACGUGCACUUCUGUCUAACCUACAGUUGAGAAAUGGAGCUGACACAACCUUUAUCCCUCGCAUCAACUAUCUGUCCAUGAUGCUGGAAUCUGACUCGGACACAUCCAUGGAGAUCAAUGCAAUGGCCCUAAAGUACCUGAAUGAUGAGCAGCUCACACAACUAGGCAAAAUGAGAAAGAACUCCCUCAACCUCCCCAAACAGGUAUCCCAGACUGCACUGCUGCGAAGAGUCCUCAUGUCAGACACCACUAUGUCGCCAGAUGUGUCACAAUAUGGUAUGUCUUCUAACAACAUCACCAUGGGAACACAGAAGUAUUUAGAGAAAUAUGGUUUGUUGAACUCCACUAAUGGUACAGCUUUAACAGAUAAAACUGUAACAGAUGAAACGCUUCAGUUAAAAGUAGACUACAGUAUGGCAGCUUCUCCAGAUCGAUUAAGGGGUUACAAUGUAGCUUCCCUAGCAGGCCACUCAAGGGACCACAGCACAGAUGUACGAAGUCCAUUGUGUGAAAGGACAAACAGAGUUGACAACUACUCAGGGUAUUCCAGUAGCAGUAAUGGGUCAAAGAGUCCUAUCAAGAAAGACUUUGUCGCCUACUCGCCAUCACCUCGGGAUCCAAGAAGGCAUUAUCCAACAUCUCCAAUAAAGCGUCAUGUAUCCCCUCAACAUACAGUCCACAGAGAAGAGGAUUCCUCACCAGGAUUAUCCAAUCAUUGCAGGCGCUAUGAGGAGCCCUUGAACCAGCAUAGAUACCCUAACUCCGACACAAGUGAAUUCCAAGUGUUCAAUACAACAGAAACAACAGACAAUAUUCUAGACAUAGAUAAACUUAGGCAAAUGCCAAAGCUGUUAUAGUAAUGGCUUUUAUUAGGUUCAAUAAAUAAAUUAUUUAGAUUAGGAAAAUAUAUUUCUUAUACUCAAAUAUAAUUGUGGUAUCUAUUUAAGUUAAUGUUUUUAAUUAGCACAAUACAUUUUGUAUUUUGAUUGCAUAGAUAUUUUGUCAUAGGAUAUUAUCUAAGAGAAUAGAAUCAUUUCAAUACUGGGUAGACUGUAUCAAGAACAUAUAUCCAGCAUAUUUUUAGAAGUCUUUGUCAAAGUAACAAUAAAUAAUUGUGUGGCGGUUCUGAAAAAAGGCCAAUGUCCAAAUAUACCCUAUGGGCUUCCAAAACUUCUCAUGCUUGGACGCAAACACUGUUCAAAAUAGUGCCUAGAAGUUGGUGUGCUAGUUGAAUAAAAGUGUUGUGGUUCUUGGACUUUUGACAUAAACUGAUAUUCUCACUCUUGUCGGAGGUGUGUGCAUGUGAAUGAUAUGGAUGAAGUGUGGGAGAAAAGUUUUUAAUUGUAUAUUUUCCUUGACUGUGAUAUUUUUCUAUUCAGAUCUUAGGUGCAUUGGUACUUAGUGUCUUAGUGUGUUCAAUCAUUCAGGCAGAUGAAGUCACUUCUUUCACAAAAUUAUACAGAUGGUAAUUUCACAAUGUAUCUGAAUUACUCAUGAUACAGUACAUCUGAUAUCUGAAAUGUUAUCCAGCAGGCAAUCCAAACCUUCCUGUUACUCUAGAAGGCCCAUGAUAUUAACAGCCCUCUCAAAUAAUGGAAAGGUGUUUUGAAAGGCCACUGAAUUGUAUUGAAGUUAUUGUGUAAGUAAAUAUUAAUUGCUGGUCACAUUUCUGUAUUGUUGCACAUCUGAAAAAUAGGAAUGUUUAAAUCACUGAUGAAUGUUUGUUUUUGAACUGCCACAAUGGAUAAAGCAUGUUUAAGUUUUAAGAUGGUUCUUACAUGUUGAACGAAUGUCAGCGAUUUCCUCCAUGACUCACAGGCCAGACAUAUGUAGAUUUGUUUUUAAAUGUUUUAUAGUUUUGUUAUGUACAUAAUAUCCUAAUUUAAUAAAUUAUUUUUAAUAUUA